GACUGAGAUGUACAAAAUGCAGGCAAAACAAGUUCUUUUCAGCUGCAGAUGAUGUGAUCGUUGGUCAGUAGUCUGGUGUGCUAGACAAGGAGAAAUAAUGCUAAGUACAAUACAAAUAGUUAUGGUCAAUCGCAUUUCCAAUCACAGCAUCAUUAUUAAGGACAAGGUCAAAGCUUUCUCAGCUGUCACCAAACAAGACUUGGUAUGGCUUGUUUACUUAAUUCUCUGAAGGAGAAAAAAUAUAGAUUCCAAGGAAAUUUGAGUAAAUAAUGUACCCAUAGAAAAUCUCUACGGAUUUUGCAAAGAAAAUUGAUAUAUUAGCUACUUAGCUGAAAAUUUUGACUCCUUGUUACAACCUGACAAACAGGCAAACAACGGAAUAUUAGCUUGAGCUAGCCUGACUGUCAGUAACAGAACCAGUGAUCUGAUAGACAGAUAUCCAGCAGAGAUUAUUGUAAGACCAUCCAACUGGAAUUCAAGUUGUAAGCUUAGAAAGAAAUAGGGACAUUGUAUACUCACUACCAUAAAGAUAAACAGAAACUGAACAAGAGUUUGUCUUCUACCCUGUAAAGUGCCAAAGAAGAAGCUCUAUCUAAAAUUCGUCUUGACCUGAUGUGGUGACCACCUUGGAAGACUCGGAAAGUUGGAAGACUUUAGCAAGUCAAGCAUGGAAUAGUCUUACUGACAGACCAGUUCAAUCUUAGAAAAAGUAUGUGGCUAUCAUGGUCUUUCUUAGAAUGGAGGAUGCAAGGGAUGUUGUAUGUAUAUGCAAAUUUCAGUUCACAAAAUCCAGGUGGUAUAUAGAAGGCCAGCUAAGACAAUGACCAUUUACCUACAGAUACUAUUCCUCGUGACAUUUUUACUUAGAAAUAACUUGUAAGGUGGGCAGGAUCUCGAGUUGACUUGACCUUACAAGUUCAAAAAAAAAUAACUUGUAAGGUCAAGUCAACUCUUCGGUGUGCAAUAAAAAGUAGGAAAUGGAAGCAAUAAUCAGAACAAGCAAUAUGGCACCUCCACUCUUCUUGCUCUCCCUCCAAUUGUUGGUGCUACUGUCCUCCCCAUCUGCUCAAGCUCAGAACAUCAGCUUGGGCACAUCAUUAACAACCCAAGGGCCAAACAACGCAUGGCUCUCGCCAUCAGGCGACUUCGCGUUUGGAUUCCGGCCCAUCGAUGGCAACUCCUCCUUCUACCUCCUCGCCAUCUGGUUCAACAAGAUCAGCGACAAGACGGCAACAUGGUAUGCCAAGACCAGUGAGCAAGAACCACAGCCGAUACAAGUGCCAUCUGGCUCCAUCCUCCAGUUUACCUCAACUGGUGUACUUUCUCUCCGAGAUCCCACCAAUAGAGAGGUAUGGAAUCCAGGAGCAACUGGUGCACCCUAUGCCAGCAUGCUCGACACCGGGAAUUUUGUGAUUGCUGCUGCAGGAGGCUCUACUAUCAGCUGGGAAACUUUCAAGAACCCAACAGACACCAUCCUGGUCACACAAGCGCUGUCCCCUGGAAUGAAGCUCCGCAGCCGACUCCUUACCACAGAUUACUCCAAUGGCAGGUUUCUUCUUAACAUGGAAACUCAACGAGCUGCACUUUAUACCAUGGCAGUUCCAUCUGGAAACCUUUAUGACCCAUAUUGGUCCACACCCAUAGAUGAGAAUGUCACAAAUCAGGUCACCAAUCUGGUGUUCAAUACUACCGGUAGGAUAUACGUGAGCAUGAAGAAUGGAACACAAUUCAACAUGACAUCUGGGGUGAUCCGCUCCAUGGAGGACUACUACCAUCGUGCUACGCUUGACCCAGAUGGUGUGUUCAGGCAAUAUGUGUACCCGAAGAAGCCCAGCAGCAUGAGUCAGGCAUGGACAGCAGUGAGCAUCCAACCUGAAAACAUCUGCAAUGCUCAGACAAAAGUAGGCAGUGGCACCUGUGGAUUCAAUAGUUACUGCAUGUUUGAUGGCAGCAACAACCAGACAAGCUGUGUGUGCCCGGAGCAGUACUCGUUCUUUGAUGAGGUGAGGAAGUACAGAGGCUGCAGACCGGACUUCGAGCUACAAAGCUGUGAUUUGGAUGAGGCAGCUUCCAUGGCACAGUAUGAGUUUAACUUGGUUAAUAAUGUGGAUUGGCCUCAGGCUGACUAUGAGUGGUACACUCCCAUAGACAUGGAUGAAUGUCGACGGCUCUGCCUGAUUGAUUGCUUCUGUGCUGUUGCUGUAUUCCAUGAAAACACCUGCUGGAAGAAGAAGCUCCCUCUAUCAAACGGGAUCAUGGGGAGUGGAGUGCAGAGAACAGUUCUUAUCAAGGUGCCAAAGAGCAACAGUUCGCAGCCAGAGCUCAGAAAGUCUAGAAAAUGGAAGAGUGACAAGAAGCUCUGGAUCCUAGGAAGUUCGUUGCUUCUCGGAGGCUCUGUGAUAGCGAAUUUUGCCUUGAGUUCUGUUCUUCUUUUCGGUACUUACUGUACAAUCACCAGAAAGGAUGUCCAGCCAUUGCAACCAUCACGAGACCCAGGAUUACCCCUCAAAGCUUUCAGUUAUGCAGAGCUUGAGAAGGCAACGGACGGAUUCAAGGAGGUGUUGGGCACAGGUGCAUCUGGUAUUGUGUACAAAGGCCAGCUGCAAGAUGAGUUAGGAACUUACAUUGCUGUCAAGAAAAUUGAUAAGAUUCAGCAUGAGACUGAAAAGGAGUUUGCUGUGGAGGUCCAAACCAUUGGACGGACGUACCAUAAGAACCUGGUCCGGAUGCUAGGAUUCUGCAAUGAAGGAACUGAGAGACUGUUGGUGUAUGAAUUCAUGGUUAAUGGAUCGCUCAACAGAUUCCUGUUUAGUGGUGUCAGGCCUCUGUGGAGUCUUCGAGUUCAACUUGCUCUCGGUGUCGCAAGGGGGCUGCUAUACUUACAUGAGGAAUGCAGCACACAGAUCAUCCACUGUGACAUAAAGCCCCAAAAUAUCCUUCUUGAUGAUAAUUUCAUAGCAAAGAUUUCAGACUUUGGCUUAGCGAAACUACUCCGAACCAACCAAACACAGACAUAUACGGGUAUCCGUGGUACCCGCGGAUAUGUUGCCCCUGAGUGGUUCAAGAACGUCGGGAUCACUGCCAAGGUGGAUGUGUACAGCUUUGGGGUCAUUCUUCUGGAACUCAUCUGUUGCCGGCAAAAUGUGGAAAUGGAGGCUGCAGAAGAAGAGCAAAGUAUUCUUACUUACUGGGCAAAUGACUGUUAUAGGUGUGGCAGGGUCGACCUGCUGGUAGAUGGUGAUGAUGAGGCGAAGUUAAACAUCAAGAAGGUUGAAAGGUUUGUAGCAGUGGCAUUGUGGUGUCUCCAGGAGGAGCCAACUAUGCGACCCAGCAUCCUGAAGGUAACUCAAAUGCUUGAUGGAGCGGAUGCAAUCCCAACUCCUCCAGAUUCAUCUUCUGUGGUCAACUCGUUUCCAUAAUGUACUGCCUAGAUAUUGAAUAAUUAAUGCAUGUAUAAACUAACAUCAACAUUUAUGGUGUGGAAAGUUAUAUAAUUAACAACAAUUAACUUUGUUCUCAGGCGCAUAUUUAGCCCUGAACAUGUCAUAGAAUUUAAACCCAAGCAUUAUAUAAUAAAUUAUAUGCUUGGGUUACCAGUGCAAACAUCGGUUCGCCAGUUCU